CAGUGGAUCCUUUGCCUCCAGGACACCUUAAGGUGAGAGUAAGAUCUCUGGCUAGCUGGAAUCGGCCUAGAGGAGUGUAAGGCAGCCAUGGACAUGGAGUACGAGCUACUCAAUGAGAGCCGCCCGUGGCUUUCCCCUCCCUUUGACCUCAAUGGCUCGGUGGUGGCGGCCAACGGCUCCAACCAGACAGAGCCAUACUAUGAUCUGACCAGCAACGCAGUCCUCACGUUCAUUUAUUUUGUAGUCUGCAUCAUUGGAUUGUGCGGCAAUACGCUUGUCAUUUACGUCAUCCUCCGCUAUGCCAAGAUGAAGACCAUCACCAACAUUUACAUCCUCAACCUGGCCAUCGCGGACGAGCUCUUCAUGCUGGGUCUGCCCUUCCUGGCCAUGCAGGUGGCUCUGGUCCAUUGGCCCUUUGGCAAGGCCAUCUGCCGGGUGGUCAUGACUGUGGAUGGCAUCAAUCAGUUCACCAGCAUUUUCUGCUUGACAGUCAUGAGCAUCGAUCGAUACCUGGCUGUGGUCCACCCCAUCAAGUCGGCCAAGUGGAGGAGACCCCGAACGGCCAAGAUGGUCAAUGUGGCUGUGUGGGGAGUGUCUCUGCUGGUCAUCUUGCCCAUCAUGAUCUAUGCUGGGCUUCGGAGCAACCAGUGGGGGAGAAGCAGCUGUACCAUCAACUGGCCAGGUGAAUCUGGGGCAUGGUACACAGGGUUCAUUAUCUACACCUUCAUCUUGGGGUUCCUGGUGCCCCUCACCAUCAUUUGUCUUUGCUACCUGUUCAUUAUCAUCAAGGUGAAGUCCUCUGGGAUCCGCGUGGGUUCCUCCAAGAGGAAAAAGUCUGAGAAGAAGGUCACCCGGAUGGUGUCCAUAGUGGUGGCCGUCUUCAUUUUCUGCUGGCUCCCCUUCUACAUAUUCAAUGUCUCCUCCGUGUCUGUGGCCAUCAAUCCCACCCCAGCGCUUAAAGGCAUGUUUGACUUUGUGGUGGUCCUCACCUAUGCUAACAGCUGUGCCAACCCUAUCCUGUAUGCCUUCUUGUCUGACAACUUCAAGAAGAGCUUCCAGAACGUCCUCUGCUUGGUCAAGGUGAGCGGCACAGAUGACGGGGAACGGAGUGACAGUAAGCAGGACAAAUCCCGGCUGAAUGAGACCACAGAGACCCAGAGAACCCUCCUCAAUGGGGAUCUCCAGACCAGUAUCUGAACUGCCUGAAAAAUAAAAAAUAGAAUAAAACGCCAAGCUCUGCCAAGUGGCAAUAUGCUCCCUGCCCCCAUGCCUUCCCUUCCUCUUGCCCAUCACACCUGGCUUCUAGAAUAGGGAAUUGCUCAGCAUGAGUCCAAUCAGAGAACAGUGUUUGAGUCUGCUUGUCUGAGUGAAUGAUAAUGUAUUAAAUUGAUUACCUCCCCCUUAAAGCGAACAUUUAAAUGCAGGCAGACAAUUCCAAGUCAGGAGAAGAAGAGAUCAUGCCUGGGUAUGAUCUGUAGAAAUGGUGAUGCUCAACAAAGAUAGGAAAGUACGUCUGCAUGUUCAAAACCUAAUAUGUAAUCUUGUGGUCUUAACGUUUAUACUUAUCUAUUCUAUUCCUCUCUAGUCCCUGUACAGUCAUUCCUACGUUCCCUGUGUUCAAGUACACGAGUAGCGAGUUGAAGUGUGCAUAGUAUAGGUGGACAUUUGUUACAAUAUGGAACCCACAGAAGUGGACUUACCAUGAAGCCAAUAAAGUUUAAGCUUCAGGGAUCUCACAUGCUUGGGCAGUAUUUUCACAUGA